UAGAUAGGUUGCGCUGUGAAGAAAAGUCACCACCUUGUAAAAGCUCUCAAAUCAAGGCCACCGGGAAUGAGCACUGCUAGCUACAUGCCAAUAGGUUUGCAUUAGAAGGUCGAAAGUAUUACAACGCCUUUGACAUUUUUCCCGAACCGUUUUAUGACUACAUUGCUGCGAAUAUUAGAUAUAGGGCAAUACCAAUACUCAAGUGUCAAAGUCGAACGAAUUUACCUUUGUGGCUACGUAUUUAGCAAGCUAGCUAGCUUGCUAGGUCAGGUGUAGCAAACGUUAGACAGCAACAUUAGCCUUUUGCAAACAUGGCUGCGAUGAGAGUUUCCUAUCACAAACUGCUGGAUAAGAUCGGACUAAUGUUGCCAGCAAAACUGAGACCUCUCUACAAUCACCCUGCAGGUCCAAAGACUAUUUUCUUCUGGGCCCCGAUGUUCAAAUGGGGUCUGGUCGGGGCUGGUCUGGCAGAUAUGAGUCGACCAGCUGAGAAACUGAGCUUUUCCCAGUCUGCUGUACUGACAGCCACAGGUCUGACCUGGUCCAGAUACUCUUUGGUCAUCAUUCCAAAGAACUGGAACCUCUUUGCUGUCAAUUUAUUUGUGGGUAGUGCUGGAAUAUCCCAGCUCUACAGGAUCUUCCAGUAUGAACAAGGGAAAAAGGCACUAGCAAAGGAGGAAGCUGCCUCAGCAGAGUCUUGAAUUAUGUCACCAGUCCAUCUCCAUGGACUGUAAGGGAGCUUAUCACCGGCACAAACCCAGUCCCUCUAAGCCCCUCCAUCACUUUUCCAUCCUCACUCGAUUUUACAGUAGAAAAAAAACAAUGUUUCCUUGCUGUAGAUCAUGUAAUUUGCCUGGAUUUCUUCAGGGUUUAUAAUGGCAUAUUAACCCUUACCAAACACUCAAAUGUUUGUCAUCUACGCACAAGCUGUAGUAUUUAAGUUUUACUUCAUACAACAAAUGGCAUGACUCUUUUUAAUUUGUUCAUGAUUAAUGUUUAGCAUGCACUUUUUGGGAAGUGUUGCAUUUUUUUCCAUUAUUUCUUUGAGUAGUCGUCAUUCCUCAUGCAGUGGUUUCCAAACAAGGAAGGUCUUGGAUCUGUGUUGAUUGUGGUUAAAAAGAAUGUCUCCCCAAAAUUAAAAAAGUUUUUAAAGUCA